GUCGCGUUACGCCACUGUUACACGCCGGAAGUAAAUGGUCCUUAGCGGAAGCACGUGUGUUUUUUGGCAUGGUAGCCGCUGCGAGGGGCUGGAGCCGGUGAAGAAGCCCGCGGUGGGUUUACGACAUGGCAGAUCGGAGCUCCUCAACGAACUUCAAAAGCAACUAUGCCAUAUGCAAGAGAAUCGAGCCUUUCUACAAAGGAGGACGGAUUCAGAUAAGCCAAGAUGGGGAGUAUAUGUUCUGUGCUUGCAGGAGCAAGGUUAAUGUAGUGGACAUUGCGACAGGAGCUGUUGUCCACAGUAUUGAACAGGAUGAUGAAGAGGACAUUACAACGUUUGCUCUCAGCAGUGAUGAUGAAAUCCUUGUGACGGGAAGCCAAGCCAUGCUACUGAAGCAGUGGGACUGGCUGGCGAAUAAAUGCACGCGCACGUGGAAGGCUGUGCACACUGCACCCGUGGCCAGCAUGGUCUUUGACUCGACCUCCACUUUGUUAGCCACAGGUGGCUGUGACAGCACCAUUAAGAUCUGGGACGUUCCCAGACAGUACUGCACACACAACCUGAAAGGCUCGACUGGAGUUGUCCACCUUGUCAAGUUCCAUCCGGAUAUCUCUGAGUUGCAGCUGUUCUCCUCUUCCAUGGACAACAGCAUCCGGAUUUGGGACCUGAAAUCCAGCCAGUGCAUCGGCCAGCUAGAAAACCACUUCAGCUCCAUCACCUCCCUUGCUUUCUCUCCAGACAACGAGACACUCAUCAGCUCUGGCCGUGAUAAGAUCUGCACUGUGUGGGACCUGAACAAGAGAGAAGCCAAGGGCACCAUCCCUGUCUAUGAGAGCAUUGAAGCUGUGGUCUUGUUGCCAGAAGGAGGGGAUUUCUCUUUCCUGGGUGUGAAGCAGUCGGGAAUGCACUUUCUCACAGCCGGCAGCAAAGGGGUCCUGCGGGUCUGGGAUGCCUCCUCGGCCAUCUGUGUCCACAGCCAGUCACUGCCCAGCCUCCCAGCGGCAUCCAGCGAUGAGGAGGCUGGCGAGCACAGCCUUGUGCACUGCGCCCUGGUGCCACGGAAGAGUGAGGUUGUCACAGUGAACUCCGAGCACAACAUCUGCCUGUACGACGUGCAGACCCUGGAGCUUAGGAAGCAGUUUGCAGGUCACAAUGGUGAGGUUUUGGACGUCAGGUUCCUGGGGCCAAAAGAUUCUCACAUUGUUGUGGCCACCAACAGCUCCCAGCUGAAAGUGUUCGAGUUGUCAACGUCUGACUGCCAGAUCCUGCGCGGCCACACAGAUACUGUUCUCGCCUUGGAUGUCUUCCGAAAGGGGAAAUUGUUUGCUAGCUGUGCAAAGGAUAAAAGCAUCCGAGUUUGGCAGAUGACCGAAGAUGGCCAGAUUUCCUGUGUUGCCCAAGGUCUGGGCCAUGCGCACGGCGUGAGUGCGCUCUCUUGCUCCAGGAUGAAAGAGAACUUUGUGGUCACCGCCAGCCAAGAUCAUACAAUCAAAGUGUGGAAUCUCCCCGAGUCCCUCUCUACCAAGGAAAAAACACCCUUUCCCGAGCCUCUUUAUGCCUACGUGACCGAGAAGGUGCACGACAAGGAUAUCAAUAGCGUGGCAGUUUCUCCAAAUGACAAACUGGUUGCAACUGGAUCCCAGGACAGGACAGCCAAGCUGUGGUCUUGUAAGGAUUGCGCGCUGCUGGGAGUCUUCGUCGGGCACAAGCGGGGCAUCUGGUGCGUGCAGUUCUCCCCUGCGGACCAGGUCUUGGCCACCUCUUCAGCGGAUGGCACUGUGAAAAUCUGGGACCUCCAGGACUUCAGCUGCCUGAAGACUUUUGAAGGUCACGACGCCUCUGUGCUGAAGGUCAUCUUUGUGAGCCAAGGGGGACAGGUGCUUAGCAGUGGCUCUGACGGUCUUUUGAAACUUUGGACGAUUAAGAACAACGAGUGUGUGAAGACCUUAGACGGCCACGAGGAUAAAGUGUGGGGGCUCCAUGCCAAUAAGAAGGACAACGCCGUGGUGACAGGCUCCACCGACUCCAAGGUCUUGCUGUGGAAGGAUGUCACCGAAACUGAGCUGGAAGAGGAGCAAGCAAAGCAGGAAGAGCAGAUCCUAAAAGAGCAGCAGCUGUCGAACUUGCUGCACGAGAAGCAGUACCUGAGGGCGCUCCGCCUGGCAAUCUCCUUGGACCGGCCUCACACAGUGUUGACGGUGGUCAGGGCUAUUCAUAAGGAGGCCAACGGAAAAGAGGACUUGGAAAAGAACAUCAUGAAACUACGGAAAGACCAGAAGGAGGCUGUGCUGAGGUUUUCCGUCACCUGGAACACAAACUCGCGGAACUACCACGAGGCUCAGGCAGUGGUGGAAACUCUCCUCAAGCAUGAACCGCCGGAGUCUCUCCUGCAGUACGAAGGGAUCAAAACGGCCGUGGAGUCGCUCCUUCCGUACACAGAACGUCACUUCCAGAGGCUGGGCCGGUUACUGCAGGCCUCCAUGUUCCUUGAUUUCAUGUGGCAAAACAUGAGGCUGGGCGAUGCCUCCAAAUGGGAUGAAGAGAUGGACACAUGACUGGCGUGGGAUGCUGGGCGUGAAGCGCCUGAUGCUCCUCUGCCAAGUCUGAGCACAGGUUGGCACUGCCCUUGCCAGUGGAAUGUUUUGUAAAAAAAAAAAAAAAGUUUUUAAUUUUAUAAAGGCACAAAUCAUCCCUAAUCUCCUGAGAGACUUUUCCAACCUAUAUCUCUCCUGAGCCCCAUUUUUAUUUUUUAUUUUAAAUCAGCACACUGAGUUUCAGGAUUAAAUAAACGCCAUUCUCAGCUGCA